UACUUCGUGCAUAUAGGUUCCUAGUAAACACUGGUGAUACGCAAGCAUUGAAGUAAUAACGAUUUAACCUCUUUCUGAAGUUAUCGGUCUCAAUUUUUUUUGUAUAUAUAUACAGUUGGUAGAUAUCUGGAGAUUAUGAGUUGUUUGGCUCGUUAGCUCAUAAUGGUGUUUAGUGUGAUUUUUUUUGUGUCAAUCUCAGUCGUUAUUGACACGUUCGCGGCACCUGUGGAUGAUCGAAACGCCAAAUGUACGGAAACUUGCGCAUCGGAGAGUUGCAAGCGUACCUCUGAAGAUGUACGAAAAUACAUUAACGAAUCAGUGCACCCCUGUGAGGAUUUUUAUAAUUUUGCGUGCGGUGGUUACUUGUCAAAUCACGUAAUACCAGACGAUCAAAGCGAAAUAAGUCAACUGUUUGAGAUUACCGAUGUGGUAUACAAUCAACUGGGGGCAGCUUUGAUGGAACCCGUGAGCGAAAAUGAACCAAAAUCCUCAAAGUUGGUGAAGAAGCUUUUCCAACUCUGUUCCGAUACCGAUACGAUAGAGCGAAAUGGAUUACGGACAGCACAUUCGCUAAUUAAAAGUCUUGGUGGUUGGCCGGUAGUGGAUGGGGAAGCGUGGAGAGAAGAGGAAUUCGACUGGAAGCAAUUGAUGUACGAACUUAGGAAGCACGGAUUACCUAUAAAGCACUUAAUGAAUACGCGCAUAGAACAAAAUGUUAAAAAUUCCAGCCGUAACAUUUUCGUGUUCGACCAACCCGAGUUGCCUGUCAAUCGGCUAAAUCUGAUGCACGGUUUUAAUAACACAGUAGUGUUCGCGUACUACGACUACAUUGUUGAUUUGGCGGAAAUUUACGGCGGGUCCAGGAGUUAUGCCGUCGCCGAAUUCAAACAUUUUUUUGAGUUCCUAAUCGAGUUGGCGAUGAUUUCCGUACCUCCUGAGCAUCUUCGAAAUAUAACCGCAAUUACUAACAUUAUGACAAUUGCAGAAUUGCGACAAAGAUUUCCGGGUAUAGAUUGGCUAGAGUACAUCAACAAUCUUAUUGCGCUUCCCGAUGUUAAGCUAUCGGAUCAAGAUCUAGUCGACGUAGGUCUUCCUAAAGCUUUAGGGGAUUUGCUGAAAUUACUUGAAAAGACGCCUAAAAGAGUAAUAGCCAAUUAUGCUAUCACCGUGGCUGUGGCAUCUAUAGGCCAUGCAUUAAAUAGGAAAAUAAAAGAAGUCGACAAUCGCUUGGCUCAAAGGCUGUUUGGGACCAGUUCCGAAUCCUUAAGGUGGAGGGAGUGUGUCACUGUUACAACGCAACGAAUGAAGGUGGCAGUUUCCGCAGUGUACGCAAGGAAAUAUUUCAAUGAGGAGGCGAAGAAGAAUGUCGCUUCAAUUGUGACAAAUCUGCACACGAAGUUUUUGCAAAUCUUGGAAGGGGUAGAUUGGAUGGAUGAUGCAACAAAAAAUACAGCCCUUAACAAAGCGAAAGAUAUCGAAAUGCACAUUGCUUAUCCGCAUGAGCUAAUGAAUGAUACAGUGCUUGAUGAUUAUUACAAAAAUCUAACUUCAUCCGAAGACUAUUUGCAAUAUCUCUUGGAUAUUCAAACUUUUGCAGCCGACAAAAUGUACAGAAGUUUAUUAGAACCCGUAAAAAAGAGUGAUUGGGCGGACCAUAGCGUUUCUCACGAAGUUAACGCUUUUUACCAUUUUACUGAGAACGCGAUAGUUAUACCAGCCGCCAUCUUACAAGGGGUUAUGUUUAGGAACAAUCGUCCCAAGUAUAUGAAUUACGGUGGCAUUGGCUUUGUCGUUGGUCACGAAAUAACACACGGUUUUGACGACACCGGAAAGCAAAUCAGCAAAGAAGGACAGUUGGAAAACUGGUGGACUUACGACACGGAAAAGUCAUACACGGAAAAGGCCCAGUGCAUUAUCGAUCAGUAUAGCGGAUUCAAAUCCGAAGAAUUAAAAAUACACCUGAAUGGAAUAAUAACUCAAGGUGAAAAUAUUGCUGACAAUGGUGGUGCGAAAAUAGCGUACGAUGCGUAUCAAGAAUGGGUGGCAAAGAACGAGCCCGAAAAGUGCCUACCAAAUUUAGAUUACACACCCAACCAGAUGUUUUGGAUUUCGUACGCAAAUGCGUGGUGUACAAAAGAAAGAAAGGAACAGUUGAGGUCCACUAUGUUAGUGCGAACUCAUCCCCCAUCUAUGUAUAGAAUUUAUGGAGUUAUAAUUAAUUCCAAAAGCUUUUCCAAAGAUUUUAAUUGUCCUAUUGGUUCUAAUAUGAAUCCGUCAAAGAAAUGUACAUUUUGGUAGAUAGUAUAAGCUAUGUUAAAAUAGUGUAGAUCAAUUAAAGAAGCAUUGUAUCCAACA